GUUUAGCGUUAGCGUUAGAAGGUGGUAGACGUACCGAGGAUGGUGGCAGUAUUCUUCUUACCGAAGUGAGAGGGCGGUCUUAAACGUCAAGGUGUACACACCCCAAUAUUUCGACGAUAAGGCGCGGGAAGGGGGCAGUGAGCGAAGAAGCUAGGAUUAUGUGCUGUUCUCGAGGCUCCAAGAGGAGCUAACCAUGCGCGCCUCCGCUGGAUGGACUAAGAAACCGUCGCGGCACAGGCAAAGGAAAAUGCUGCAGCAGGCGGCCGACGCGUUCUCCGAGAAGGGCAGACCUCGGGUCAGUCUGGUGGGAAUCAACAAUGUGAUGGAUCGGCAGCAGCGGCUGACCAGACGACUGGUCUGGGCCGUAGUCAUCGUCCUGGCGGCUACACUGAUGAUUCAACAGGUAGCGAACUGUCUGAGUCGUUACACCGAACAUCCAGUGACGUCCGUGAUGCGAGUGACGCGAAAUGACACGCUGCUUCUGCCGGCUAUCACCGUCUGUGACAACACCAAAUACAUCCGGUCGCUGUACCGAAAUAAAACAAACGGAACGCUGGACUUUGCUCGGCUGGCCUGGGACGAGCUGGGCUCGGAGACCAUGGAAAAUUUUCUGUCCGACGUCACUCCCGACCGGGGUGACGUCAUCAAAGAGUGCCUACUGGACAACCACACGUGCGAGGAAGUAGGAGAGUGGAGAAUCACCAUCAAAUACGACCUGGGACGCUGCUUCUCCUUCUACCCAGAUGCGGCUAACGGCACAACGCCCCACAUCUCCGCCGGCUACCGGCUGACUCUGGACACAGUCGACACAAUCCGCAACGGAUUCCAGGUGGUGACGCGCACCGCCCGCGGCUGGAAGGUGUUCGUGCACGGCGUGCAUGAUCCACUCACGCUGAAAACGUGGAUCGCCGUCAACAGACCCAUUGAGCUGUCGCCCGGUCAAAUGCGUAAGGAGGCCAUCUCACCCGAGCAGGUGCGCUCACUAGACCGAGCCGAGAGCCGGUGUCGGCCGGAGGAGGACUACAGCUCCGUGCGCUGUAUGGAGCGCUGUCUGGCAGCCUGGGUGGUCAACACUGGAUACAAGUGCCGAACACUGGAUAUGGACAUCGCUAUACCGGUCUGCCAUAACCAUACCACCUACAUGGGCAACCAGUACCUCUUUGACGAGGAUACGACCAAUGACACAUGGCACGUGGACGAGUGUGCGCGGCGCUGUCCUCAGCGCUGUGACGUCACCAUGUUCAAAACCCAGGAGAUCCAGACGCGCACCAACACCUUCCGCAUCAGCAAGGGGAAACUGCACCUCUUCUACGCCAGCAAAGAGCUGUUUCUGCGAGAGGAGAAGUGGGCGUACGAGCUGACGGCGCUGGUCGGAGAGGUGGGCGGCUCGCUGGGGAUCACCCUCGGCCUCUCGCUCCUCACUGUGGUGGAAAUUAUCGAGUUCCUCAUCUACGGCUCGUCGCGGCUCUGUCAGGCGAGAAGAACGGCACCCGGCGAGGCGCCGACCGCCGCUGAGGCGCGGCCCGGGCGGAGAGAGAGGCGCCCGACCGAGGGUGGAGACCCAACGGCGAAAUUAGGCAAAUAGUGGAGACCAUUUGUGAUGUAAUGCGUGGUAGAAUGUUGUGACUAGGGUAUGGUCGUAGAGCUGCAUCGUGCAAAGCCACCCUUGUUGAUGACACCAAGGGUCGAUAACAACGGACUAGGGAAAGACAGAUGUACGCUUAAAGCCAUCCCACUGAAUGCUUGUCGUGGUAUGAACAAAGAUAGUUACUUUACCGAUUGCGCCUUGGUGC